AUGGGAUCGCAGCUGGCGUGGUUUUUGGCGGCGCUGUGGCUGCUGCUGGUGGGUGGGGGCGCGGAGCCGCCGGUGGUGAGGACGCGCCAGGGGGCGGUGCGAGGACGCCGCCAGGCGACCAGCAAGGGCCGCCCGCUGCUCGCCUUCUACAACUUGCCGUACGCCAAGCCGCCCGUCGGGUCGCUGCGUUUCAAGGAUCCACAAGCGCCAGAUGGAUGGGUGCACAUCCGAGAUGCCACUGUCCGUGGGCCCGAUUGCAUACAGAACGACCAAUUUUUCUUCAAUUCUGGAGUGUUUGGGUCUGAAGACUGCCUCUACCUCAACGUCUACACACCAGAGCUGUCACCUUCCAAUCCAUUACCAGUCAUGUUUUGGGUUCAUGGAGGUGGAUUUAGUUUUGGAGGAGGCUCAGUCUAUGGACCGGAUUUCCUCUUGAAUUAUGAUGUUGUAUUAGUAACCAUCAACUACCGACUCGGCACAUUAGGUUUUCUGAGCACCGAAGAUGAAGCUGCUCCCGGAAAUUUCGGACUUAAAGACCAGGUGGCGGCGCUGCGUUGGGUGCAGGAGAACAUCGCAGCGUUUGGCGGAGACCCGAAUAGAGUCACAAUCUUCGGCGAAAGCGCAGGGUCGGCCAGCGUACACUUCCUCGCUCUGUCACCGCUCGCCAGAGGUCUCUUCAACCGCGUCAUCAUGGAGAGCGGCUCUGCCCUGUCGGCCUGGGCGGUGGUGCCGAAGGGUGAGGCGGUGGCGAGCGCGCGGCAGGUGGCCGCCUCCCUGGGCUGCCCCUCGCUGCCCCACCCCGCCUUGGUCGACUGUCUGCGCGGCGUCGACGACGACAAGCUGCAGAUCGCCGAUACCAACAUCAGGGGGCUAGACAUACACUGUGCAGGUCUUUAA